CGCAGCUGGCAGGAGGGGAAUCCCAGGUCGGCUCCUCACCUGCCCGGGCGAUGGAUACUAGGACUGUGCUGAGCUGAGAGCCACUAAAGUUGUCAGUGCCCUCUCUGUGCCAUGUGGGCAGCCAGCGUCUCUUACAAGUGGCAGUACCAGGGCUGACUUCUCCAGCAAUCACCGCCAGGAUAUGUCCUUGGGUUGUUAUCUCUGCUGAGCUCUGCUUGGGACCGCCAAAGAUGGCAUCGGGGAUGGUAGCCGUGCUCUGUGCCCUGCACCUGCUCGGGAAAGUGACUGAAAGUCGGGUGACCAUGGACAGUAUACAAAGGUUCUCAUCCGUCCCGGUGUUCCUACCUGUCAACUAUCACGUUUGUAAUUCUGAAGUUUCUUUCUUCCUUAAAGAGGCCAAUCAAGACCUCAUGAAAAACUCGAGCCUACAGUCCCGGACAGAACCACUUUUCAUAUAUAAAGCCAAGAUGCCACCGGCAAUAAAUGCCACCUAUGGACCCUAUUCAGCAGAACAAACUCUGCCAAAGAAUGUGAUCAUUACCUCAAGUACUUUCAGUUCUACCAACAGAUUCACAUUUAACUGGCAGUUAAAAUCCCACAUAAUAGAGAGCUCUAUAUAUUCUGACAAACCCAAAGUGCAGGCUUUAUUUUAUAUUACAGGGAAGGACUGGGUGGACUAUCAUCCAUCUGAGAUUUUGCCAUGUGUGAGAAUGGUUGCUGUCUUAGAAAACCGUGAGCUUUCAGCAAGCUGUAGGCUGAAAGGAAGGCUGGGGUUAUGUGUAGCAGAGCUAGAGUUUUUGCCUAGUUGGUUAAGUACAUCUUCUCCCACGGAUUCUCACGGAUUCUCAGUUUCCCCACAAGGAAUACCAGUUGAACUGCACUACAUUGUCUAUUCUACCAGAGAGGAUGAAGAAUGUUCUUCACAAGAAACAAAAUGGUCAAAUAGGAUUCAAUCCAAUAAGGACAAUGAUCAAAAAGUCUCAAGUGCAAUGAAAAGAUUUGGCAGUGUUGUUGUUUAUCCCACUCAAGACACCAUGAGAAUGUCUGUGCUUCCAGUGGAUAACAAUGUUCAGAUACGAUACCCACAAGAUCCUGUGAAAGUAGGAGACAUCGUAACAUUCUAUGUAUCAGUGGCAGGAAGCUCAAUGGUCCAUCAGUUCAUGUUGAGGGUCAGAGCUGCUCUUGGUGCCAGAGUGAUUGCUGUGAGAGUGGAGGACUCCGAACAGUGGAGAGUUCAAAGACUGAUGGAGAAUGGAGAAAAACAUACAACUGUCACUCUAGACUGCUUACGGCAAAGUCCCUAUACCCAGAGCAGAGUCAACAAUUCCUUUUAUGAAAUUCUGCAGAUGGACUUCGAAAUGGACAUUGGUGGGGGUUUGGCUGGCGCCCAGCAGAUUACGUGGCAGGUGGAAUACCCAGAAGAAGACUCUGCCAGCGAACUUGUCAUUUCGGAAAUCUUUGUCAGCCAGGCUUCGUUUACGGGGAUUGUCCCCAUCGCCAUGGACACUGAACUUUUAAACACCGCUAUCCUGACAGGAAGGACGAUGUCCAUCCCUGUGAAGGUGCUGGCUGUUCAAGAGGAUGGUUCUGUGAUAGAUGUGUCUGAGUUCACUGAGUGCAAGUCGGCAGACGAAGAUGUCAUCAAGGUUUCUGACAGAUGUGACUCAAUCUUUGUAAAUGGCAAAGAAAUGAAAAGUAAAGUGGACACCAUUGUAAAUUUCACGUACCAGCACAUAACCGCCCAGCUGGAAGUGACGGUUUGGGCUCCACGACUACCUCUGCAAAUUGAAAUAUCGGACACUGAGUUGAGCCAGAUCAAGGGCUGGAGAAUCCCAGUGUCUGUUAAUAAAAGACCAACAAGAGACAGUGAAGAUGAAGAGGAUGACGAGAAGAAAGGACGGGGGUGUUCCCUCCAGUACCAGCAUGCAAUGGUUCGUGUCUUCACGCAGUUUGUUGCAGAGUCUUCAGAUUCUGGCGGACAGCUGACAUACAUGCUAGGACCAGAUUGGCAGUUCGAUAUCACUGAUCUCGUGAGUGACUUCAUGAAGGUUGAAGAAUCAAAAAUAGCGACCCUGGAAGCAGGGAAAGUUCUAGUUGGACGAGAGCCGGGAAUAACCACUGUCCAGGUCCUUUCUCCAUUAUCUGAUUCAAUUUUGGCUGAAAAGACAGUGACAGUGUUGGAUGACCGUGUGGGAAUUGUUGAGCUGGGAAUCCAACUCAUAACUGGUCUCUCUUUGUCUGUACAAGCCAGCAAGGGUAAUAAGAGAGCCAUCAUUACGACAACAACAGCCAGUGAUAUCUUGCAUGAGAUAAAACAGGAGGCAGUCAUCAGUGUGUGGACCUUGUUUAGUGACGGCUCAGUAACACCACUGGAUAUCUAUGAAAGUAAAGACUUCUCAAUUAUGGUAUCUUCUCUAGAUGAGAUGGUGGUUUCCACUUAUCAGAAUCCAUUAUCAAAUUGGCCUGUUGUGGUUGCAGAAGGAGAAGGUCAAGGACCUUUAAUAAAGUUAGAAUUAGGAAUCAGUGAGAUCUGUCAGAAAUCCAAGAGGAAAAGUAGCCUUGCUGUUGGAAGUGGAACUAUCAAAGUUAAAUUUGGCCAGAAAGAUUCAGAUCAAAAAGGAAAUAUCAAUGAAAUUCAAAGCAUAGCUGAUGAGUUCAAGAAAAUGACAAGUAAAACAACUGAGAAAGUUGCGGAGCAUGAAGGGACAGUCAAUGAGUGGCCCAAACCUGGAUCUUCUGCAUUCAAUUAUGAUGAUACAAGUAAAAACUCAACAUCUGAUUCUCCAGAAGACUAUCACAAAAACUAUAAUGAUGCUCACAUCGUACCUAUUCCAUAUACCAGCUUUCCUACAAGAAUAGCCUCAGAACGCAACCAAGAAAGUGAACUUACACAGACGUCAAGGGGCCUCACAGAUUUGGAAAUUGGGAUGUAUGCCCUUCUGUGUGUGUUUUGUCUUGCAAUUCUAGUCUUUUUAAUUAACUGUGUGGCAUUUGCUUGGAAAUAUAGACAUAAAAGGUUCCCAGUAGCAGAUCAGGCAAACAUUCCACAUUCACAUGACUGGGUAUGGCUUGGGAAUGAGGUGGAACUGUUGGAAAAUCCAGUGGACAUUCCUGUCGCUGAAGAAUGCACUACAAUGAUUGACAGAAGGUCCCAAUUUGAAGAAAACAAUUUUUUGCUCAAUGGCGGUUCUCAAAAGAAUCCAUAUAGUCAAAUUAUGAGAUCAUCAGAUUACAAUUUUGAAAAAGAGUCCCAGAAUGAGCCACUAAAUCCAGGGGGUUCAAAGAGAAAACGUGUAAAGUUCACAUCCUUUACUACUGUACUACCUGAAGAAGGUGGUCCAUAUACCAAUGCAGUCAUCUUCGGAAAUGAAGAAAAUAUCAAAUGGGUCUGUCAGGAUAUGAACGUUGGAGAUUCACGUGAGCUUAGAGACUAUAUGGAUAGUCUUCAGGACAGCCUGUAAAAUAAUAUGUUUAUAUUCACCUUUAUGCCUUCGUUCUGUUCGUUUUUUAAAAGUCGGACUAUCAAAACAGCAAUAGAGAAGCAAAAGAAACAAAGGUUAAGUUCACUAUACAAAGUCUAUACUGCCAACAUAUUUGGCACUAUAGAAAGUGCUCAUGAAGAGGAAAUCUGUUUUGCGGUAAUGUCUAUCUAGAGAACCAUGCAAUGCUUUUAUACUGUAAAUGGGUUCCAGGUUCUCCUGAACAGGUUACACUACACGACAAGGUAUAGGCGUGCCUGUCUUUUAUAGAAUUUGGUUAUAUGGUCAGUAAUUCUGCUUGUAAGUAAACACUGCUGUGCCAGGUUUCCAAUUAAAAGCACACUGGACUUUUCCUGACUUAUUUCCAGUUCAUUGUAAGCUUAAAUCUGAAUGUAUUACCAAUGUAUUUACAUGCAUCUUCACAUCAAACUUCAUUACUUCUUAGAUGCAGACAAUGUUAAGGCGGUUGGCAAAGUAAGA